UCUCCCCCUCUCGCGUACAACCGACGACGAGGCGCUUUAGCUCCAAAGUUGCCCGGGGAGCUUCGCCUCUCCUCCCGGACGGCUGUCACUCUCGGAUGGGCCUCAGCAGCCCACUUUGCCCGCUGUUUGUCGUCGCUCCGCGUUGUGGGACAAACUUAACCGUGUGUCCGGGGUCACCUCGCCCAGCACCGCGGGGUAGUACCGGGGCUAUUACACGGUAUUAAGGCCCAGGGUGUCCGUUGAGCCGGUUCUUUCUCCCCCCCGGUGGCGGCGAGGAGCAGAUCCCCCAGCGGCCUUGUGUGUAGUCGAGGCCUCGGCCCUGCUGUUGUGGAGCAGGUCCGGUAGUAAUCUACUACGAGGGCUUGACACACACACGGUACUAUCCAGCUAAACCACAGGGUCUCUGGAAUAAAGUGGACGAGUGCCGAAGUCGCGCAACAAAAGACAAGACGGGAUGAGAGAGAGGGGGCUUUGCAGAGGAGGCAAAUAGAAACUAGGCACAGCGAGAGAGGAGCGCCAAGGAAGAGAUUCUCGGGAAUAAAUAAAUAAAAAGACUUGUUUGGAGGAAAGACAAGCUAGAUGAAAAGAUGAAGCCGAUUAAAAAGCAGGGCCGCCGCUCGCCUCCCUCUACCCGGGCCAAAGGGGGGAAGCGUCGCGGAGCGGGGGAGGCCCCAGAAGGAGGAGAGAGGAGAGACUCAGAUGAGAACAGAGACAGAAGCAGAUCCCCACAAAACCAAACUCCCUCCUCUUGUUUUUCUUCUAAUUCACACUCGGAGUCCUCUCAGCCCGACCCAAUCAGAGAGCGGGACACUGCGGAGGGGGAGGGGCUUCACAGAGAGGGCCCGUCAGAGACGACGGCGUCGCUCGUGAUCGAUUCUGAGAAAUUGCUGACACACUCGGAUGACAGAUCGGUGCGGUCAGCUGUGAGCGGCAGUAGCCACAGUGACAGUGGUGCUAGCAGUUGUAGUAACAGUAGUACACCAAGCGCCAACAACAGCCCAAACCCCGCCUCCAGCCGGAAAACGGCCACCUUCAAGGCCCGUGUUCCCAAGAAGAAGUACACCUCUGAACACUGUUUGUCUACGACUGCUAGUAACCAUAGCAACACUGCCUCCAGCACGCCUCCUCCUCUUCCUCUGAGCGGCGGUGUCCUUAACCACGGGUCAACAAGUUCAGGAAGUGACGUCGGCAUCGCGCACCACGAUGGCAUCGUUCAUAGCAGGAGCCUGCUGGACGACUUCCACAGCAGGACGACUGGAAGGGAGGGGCCUCUGGACAGCUCCCCAGGACCCCCCACUCUGUCGCUGGGAGUGGAGAGGCCUGCAGGAGGUGAAGGGGUGAGAGAUGCAGAGCGAGUGUCGCCCCCCCUGCCACGCUGCUCCUCAACAGACACUGCCAGCGAGCACUCAGCUGACCUUGAGGUGGCUGGCGACACACACGUCCUCACACAGAUGUCUGCACAUGCACCAUCCAGUCUCCCUGAUGCUCUGUCAGACGCUCUGGCCAAAGGGCUGAAGAAUCAACGUGUCCUUGCUCGUCAGCUGAGGAGAAGAAGUGACGAGGAGGGAGGAGGCGAAAGGAGUUAUGAAGGGGGGAGUUCAGAGAUGGUGUUCCGGGCUGGGGUGGUCCGUAAGGUCAGUGGUGAAUUUGGAAGCCUGGAGGUGCAACUGAAUGGGGAGAAGAUGAUGUGUCGUUAUCCGUAUCGGCAUGACAGCCCCCCAGGGGUGGUGGACAUUAUCCUAGAUGCCCCCCCGCCUGGUGUCCAUCCAAUACCUAUUGGUACCCGUGUGUGCGUACCGUUUGGCAAUGAGGAGGGCAGUGUAGGUCACUGGCAAUUGUACCGAGAAGGUGUGGUGACUCAGAUCGACACGCACCCUGCAGUGGCCAACCGAUACCGUGUCCUGUUGUCUGAGGGAAAACCUCACUCUGCGGAGGAGGAAGAAGAUGGCAGAGUGGCAGCUGCUGCUACCCAGGCAGUGUGGGUCUCCCGACAAACACUCCGUCUUCUGGUGCCGCCUUGGGACCUGGAUUUGCCAUCUGGAGGAGGACGAGAGGAAGACGACAGGGUCAGAGAAAAGGAAAGGGAACGGGAGGACAGGGAGGAGGUGGAUGUGGAGCAGGAAGUGUGCCGCUUGAGCCGAGGGAUGGCCCCAGGAGUGGGGCCAGUGAUGGGGAGAGGGAUUCCCUACCCAGGCAUGGUCCCUGUUUCAUCCACAUCAGGCCACAGUAUUUCCUCCCCAGUUACUCCAGUGUCAGUCCUCAGUCUGGCUCCUGGUCGAGAGUGGGAAAUUGAGAAUGACUUGGAGAGGGAGAGGGACCUCCAGAGAAAACAGGAAAGAGAGAUGGAGCGAGAGCGAGAGCGAGAAAGGGAGAAUGUAAAACAGCAGCAGCACCAACAGCAGCAACAUCACCCAUACAUGCCACUUACCCCUGAAGAAGACAUGGAGGUGUCCCACUUCAACAUGGUCCCAAUGGGGGCGAUCUUAUCUGGGGCCAAAACAAUGGCAAUUCCCCAACACCGCCACAUUGUUUCUAAGCCCCCGCCUGGCUACCUCAAUCCCCACCUGUCUGUGGUGCGGGGCAUCGGGAUCCCCUCCGCCCACCUAGCCUUGAACCCCCACCCUACUCCUUCACCUAUCCUGUUAGGCCUUGAUCCAGCAGCAGCAGGAGCUAUCAUUACCACCCCCCAGCUCCCUCCUCUUCCUCCCAUCUCCUCUUCCACUGCAUCCUCCUCCAGAGUAGAGAAAGCCUCAGGAGGAGGCUCUAACAGUGGAGCAGCAGGUGGUGGAUCUGGAUCAGGUUCGACUUCCUCCUCCUCUUCCCGUUCCCGCACCCCACUGACAGCUGCCCAGCAAAAGUACAAGAAGGGAGAUGUGGUGUGCACGCCAACAGGCAUCCGUAAGAAGUUCAAUGGAAAACAGUGGAGGAGACUGUGCUCUCGGGAGGGCUGCUCUAAAGAGUCUCAGCGCAGAGGAUACUGCUCCAGACACCUCUCAAUGAGGACUAAGGAGAUGGAGGCCAGUGGAGGUGGCCGGGAGAGGGGUGGAGCCAGCAGCACUGGGACUCUGACGCCAUCUGACCUCCGUCUAGGUGGUGGGAGAGCCAGCUCAGAGUUCGACUGGGACGAGACAUCACGGGAAAGCAGUGAGGCCAGCAGCCGUGGAGGAGACUCACGUCCCCGCCUAGUCCUUCCUUCUUUGCUUCCUCAGGACCUCUCUCGUUUCGACUUUGAUGAGUGCGAGGCAGCGAGCAUGUUGGUCUCCCUGGGGAGCUCCCGCUCAGGCACACCCUCGUUCUCUCCCAUCUCCAACCAGUCGCCCUUCUCCCCUACCCCAUCGCCCUCACCCUCUCCGCUCUUCGGCUUUCGUCCUGCCAAUUUCAGUCCCAUUACUGCCCCUGCCUCACUUACCCCACGCCGCCAUCGCCAGCUUAGUGGCACUAAGAUGGGCACACCAGGUGCUGAGCGAGAGCGGCACCUGUCGGGGAUCGUGCCCACAUUUCAGACCAACCUCACCUUUACAGUCCCCAUGAGCCCCAGCAAAAGAAAGCUCGACACUCACCCGCCCCCUCCACUGCCUACAGUCCAAGACUACCAGACCAAACCUGAGCAUCAUCAGCUUGUGGGGAUAGCGGGAGGAAUGUUGGGAGAGCCACUCCUGGGCCACAGCCCUGCCGCCUUCAGAGUCCUCUCCCCACUGAGUCAGCCGACAACUCCCUCCUCACUCUCCUUCCCCCGGUCCCGCAGCACCACCAGCAGACCACCAUCCUCCGCUGCCUCCACACCUCCGCCCAUGCUGGUCUCUCCCACUCCUCCCUCCCCACUGCCCCAGGAACCGUCACCACGCCGCAUUGUUCCCCUUCGUGAUUCCCCAGUCAUUGUCCGCAACCCUGAUGUCCCCUUGGCCAAGUUCUCUGACGGCCCAUUAGGAAGGAGAGAGAGAAGCACGUCAAGGGAGCACAGCCUGCCCCAACACACAGCUCCCCCGGGCCUGCAGGCGCCUGUUCCCAUCAACGGGGCCACCACCAACGGUGCAGUUCUCCUGCGCAGCCCCACACUGGUCCUGGUCACCUCCAGCUCGUCCCUGACUCCAGCCACAGUCGGCCACACGUCCCUCUCCAGCCCCUCCACCCCCGGUUCAAUGUCCACUUCAAUGGGCUCAGUCCUGUCGUCCUCCGGUUCUGGAGGCAGGGAGAGGGAGAGGAAACCCGAGGGACACCAGGACCCCUCUGGAGGGCCGCUGCCACAGCCGGUAGCCUGUCACCCCACUCCCACCGCCCUGCUGCCACUCAUACUGCCAGCUGAUUCGCCUCACCCUGCUCCACGCAAGCAAAUCAUCAUGGGACGCCCAGGGACUGUUUGGACCAACGUGGAGCCUCGCUCGGUGCCAGUGUUCCCCUGGCAUUCGCUCGUCCCUUUCCUGGAGCCCAGCCAAUCAGGAGCGGCCGCCCAGCCUGCCGACGGCCAACAGCUUGUCAAUCAGAGCAAAGAGCCUCGUUGUGGCGUCGCCCUGGUGAGUGACGGACGUGCCGGCCCUCCAGUCCUGGAGAGGGGAUCUCCGUCAUGCCCUCCGCCGGCCAAUGACAAUCCUCCUACAGACAGAGGCGGGGCUGACAGCGAGACAGAGAGUGACACAGAUGACCCGUUCUCCCCGGGUGUGGCCAACGAUGCAGCGCCCUCCUCUGGCCCCAUCAAGAGACGCACACAGUCCCUCAGCGCCCUGCCCAAGGACGCAGACAGGAAGAGGGAGAAGGACCACAUCCGCCGCCCCAUGAACGCCUUCAUGAUCUUCAGUAAACGCCACCGGGCCCUGGUGCACCAGCGACAUCCCAACCAGGACAACCGGACGGUCAGCAAGAUCCUGGGGGAGUGGUGGUACGCGCUGGGGCCCAAUGAGAAGCAGCAGUACCACGACCUGGCCUUCCAGGUGAAGGAGGCCCACUUCAGAGCUCAUCCAGACUGGAAGUGGUGCAACAAGGACCGCAGGAAGUCACUGUCCGAGGGCCGCGGGACCCCGAAGGAGCCGCGGGAGAGGAGCAUGUCUGAGAGCAUAGAUCCGCUCUCCGAGGCCCAGACGGCGGAGGGGAAGGGAGUCGGCUCGGGCUGGCCGGGGGGAUCGGAGCGUCGAGGGGGGCUGUUCACGGGGCAACCACCCCGUCCCAGGGCCUUUUCCCAGAGCGCCGUGCACACCCUGGAGCAGAGCGAGGGAGACCUGGAGAAGGAGGACGGGGCGAGUUUGUUUCACGGCCGGCGCCCGCCGCCGUCCCUGUACCACAGCAGAGUCAGCGAGGACAUGACCAGCGAUGAAGAGCGCAUGGUCAUCUGCGAGGAAGAGGGGGAUGAUGAUGUCAUGGAGGAUUCGUGUGCCGAAGGCUCCAUCGACCUGAAGUGUAAAGAGAGAGUAACAGACAGCGACGAGGACGAGCCAGACGGACAGCAUGGCUUCCAGCCAGUGUCCCGCUCCGCUCUCCCCUCCUCCUCUCCCUCCAUCCCUCCCGCCGACUCCACCUCGUCCAAAGGGAACGGAGCAGGAGGCGCUGAAGAUGGGUCUGAGAGGAAGCGAAAGAGAGGCACAGACGGAGGAGAGGAGGGGAGCGAGGGAGGAACCAAGAGAGAGGAAACAGCAGCCGGUGGAGGAGAGGGAGGUGGAGCCUCCUCUCUGUCCAUCACACUCUCUACACCCAGCACCCAGCCUCUCGUCACUGUGGCCCAGCAGGGGGUGACCCAGGUCUUCGGAACCGUCCGCAUUGCUCCCACUGUGGUGACCAACGUGGUGCGACCCAUAGCCAGCACGCCCAUCCCCAUCGCCAGCAAGCCAGUGGAAGGAGCCAUCACCCUCAGCGCCCUCUCCCAAGACAAGAAAGCCACUCUCCUUAUUGGAGGAGGCGGACCUCAGCAGCUGCCAAUCACCGCAGGGGGUGGGUACCUGUCCUCAUCCUCCCCUCCUGGUCCCGUCAGUGUAACGCCUGUAGGGGGCAGCAGCCUGGUCACUAGCCUAGUUCUGGGAGGGUCAUUUCCUGCCGCCCACCCAGUGCAGGUCCUCGCCCCACAACCCCCGCAGCCCCACUCACAGACCCCCCUCCCUGUCCUCCAGCCCCAGCUCCACCCCACCGCUGCAUUCUCCUCCCUCACACCUCCCUCUGGCUCCAAGCCGCUAACGCAGGUCCAGUACGUCCUGCCCACCGAGAACCCUUCCUCCCCACAACUCACCCAGCAGCAAAUCCUCUCCCUGUCCACCAAUGCCGCCCUGGCCAAUGGCGUGCACUCAGGGGCGGGAGUCAGAGUCAGCCCCGGGAUCAGAGUCCAAACUCAGUCACCGGGCCUGCAGAGCAAGAUGUUGGUUCCCAUGGAAACAGUGAGAAGAGGGUCUACUCCUCCUCAUCCUUCCACCAUCUCCCUGGUGGCUCCGCCUCUUCCUGUGCAGAACGGCUCCGCGACAGGAAACAAGAUCAUCCAAAUUGCUCCCAUGCCGGUGGUCCAGACCAACGUUCACCCCAGUGGUGCAGCAGCAGUGCAUCCUGGGAACACCUUUCCUGUAACCAUGGCAUCGGUGGUGGCUCCUGGUGCGGCGUCCCCACAGACCGUCCUCCUGACCUCCCCCCCCACCAGGAUCACCUAUGUCCAGUCUGGCCCAGGAGUCACCACAGCGACACCCCAACAGGCCACGCCCUCUCCGGGGCCUGCGUACCUGCCGUCACCUUUAGCGACUCUGGGCUUCACCGCCAUCGCCCCCAGCGGCCAAACCCUGGUCCAGCCAAUCGUUGGUCCAGCCCCGCCCCUGAACUGUCAGCCACAGAUCCCCCCCGGCCCGACCACGGCAGCCGCUGGUCGUCAGGUACUAACUGCCAUCUACCCUGCACCGACUGUCGCACUGGCUACCGGCGUGGUCUCCGUGACCAGUGUGCUGCCCACACUGGGAGCUUCCGCCGCCCAGGAUGUCACACACCCUGCCUCUCCAUCGGCAGCAGGGGCGCAGGGUUCGGCGUCGGCCACCCCUCAGCCGAGCGUGGGAGUGGAGGUGGAGCUGAAGGUGGAGGUGAAGAGGGAGAGUCCGCUGGAUCCUCAGCUUGAGGAGGGAGGGCAGGCGAUGUCAGUGGCCUCCUGUAUGAGCCGUGACGUAACAGUGAAAAAAGAGGAGGACAUGGAGGGUCUCUACAUCAAAGAGGAAAUAGUGAGAGACGGCCAAGUCAAGGACAGACGAGGCGAGGCGGAGGAGGAGCACGAGAGAAGGAUGAAGGAGAGCAGUGAAAAGAGGAGAGGCCAUGAGACGGACAGGGAGGACCACAGCAUGGGCAACAGCAGCAAAGAGGUUGGGCCUCGUUCUCCUCCUCCACUCUCCUCAGGUCUGGACCCCCCUCCCCCUCCAGCUGCAGAACGAGAGCCCCCCUCCUCCUCUAAGAAGACCAAGUUUCGACCCCCGCCGCUCAAAAAGACACCCGACUCUCUGGAGAAGGUCUUGUCGGAGACGUACUUCGAGGAGCGAUUCGCUGAACUUCCAGAGUUUAACCCAGAGGAGGUCCUUCCCUCGCCCACCCUGCAGAGUCUGGCCACCUCGCCCAGAGCCAUCCUGGGAAGCUACCGCCGAAAGAGACGCAACUCCACCGAUCUGGAGCCGGCAGCAGAGGACCCCAGCUCCCCGCGGAGGAAGACGCGCCGUCUGUCCAGCUGCAGCUCGGAGCCCAACACGCCGAAGAGCGCCGCCAAGUGUGAGGGAGAGAUCUUCACCUUCGACAGAGCAGGCACAGAGGGAGAGGAUCUUCUAGGAGACUUUGAGCGGGUCCCCUACUCGUCUCUGCGCAGAACUCUGGAUCAGCGGCGGGCUCUGGUCAUGCAGCUGUUUAAGGAACAUGGCUUCUUUCCAUCAGCUCAGGCCACUGCUGCCUUCCAGGGACGCUACUCAGACACGUUCCCCACCAAGGUGUGUCUGCAGCUGAAGAUCCGCGAGGUCCGUCAGAAGAUCAUGCAGACGGCCACGCCCGGGACCUUCGAGCUCGGAGGGUCGGCUGACGUCAACCCCGCCCCGUCCCACAGCUCCUCUUUCAAUCAAUCAGCCCGGGAGGACGGCGGGGCGGAGCAACAGGGAGACAGAAGCCGGAGCCCCGAGGAGCCAAAAAGCGAAGGAUCGUAAGCUGGAGAGGAUGACAAAGAGGAAAAAUCAAGGAGAAGAAGAAGAAGAGAGAGAGAGAAGUGUGUCAUCCCCACAGAAUGUUGUUGGAAGUGUUGAACCAGUACUAAGGAGGACUCCAGCAGGACCUGUUCUACUGGCACUAAUCUCCACCAGACCUGGGCAGAAGGACAUUUGAAUAUGGUCUCAACUAUUCAAACUCCUCAAGGUGCGCUUGAUGUGACUAAUCAGACAAAACAAGCCUCAAAAAACGGACGAGUCGUGUCAAAGUCCUGACGAGUCAACUUCUUCUUGUUGACAGUUUCCCCCCUUUUCCCCCGAAGUAUCCAGAGUAUUUUCAGUUAACACUUUGCCCAGGUCUGAUCUCUGCACAUUUGUACAGUAGUUUGACACAAACUCUGUGGUACACACUCUCUAUCUCUCUGGCACACACAAACCCUGAUAAUCUCCAACACACACACACACACACACACACACACACACACACACACACACACACACACACACACAGACACACACACACACCCUUACCAAAUCAGACUGUUACUCUUGGUCAGCGAUCCCCAGGAGCCGCCACCAAGGACCAUGACACACAAAGGCACUUUGUCAUUUAUUGUGCAGAUGCAGUUUGCUGUUGCCAGCCAGCCAGCCAGCCCUCAGAUGCCAUUGACUCGACCUCCUUCUCGCCCUUCCACUCCUCAGCACAGUGGUCGGGACGCAAACACAACCCCAACGACCUCCACUGGUAUUCCACAGCCCCUCGAUGCUGCAGGACAGACAGCGCACACGUACAGACACAGCACACACACGUACUCACACACACACACACACACACACACACGGACACAUCUGUGCAGCGUAAGCACUCGUACACAGACAUAGUCAACCCUGGUCUGACCAAGCCAUUGGCCUGCACAGUUUUUAGUGAUUGUAGUGAGAAGAGAAACUGAAAGCAUGACAUCUGUUCGCUCCUGUAAAACAAAGAGAAGGCAGGAGCCUGGAUGUAGUGUGACCAAUCUUUGCACCUUCAGUUAUUGCCAUUUUGAAAGACUGAGUCCUCAUUGGCGGGAGCUGAUUAUUAUAUGUCUGUAUAUCUGUUGGGGUCCCCUCCCCAAAAACCAUAAAGAGAUUAUGUAAAGAGACUAUUGGUUGUGAGGCUUUGAAGAUUCAACGUUAAGUUCGACACUGACCGGCUCCCGACGGAGCCCAGAGGAAACGCAGAGGAAGAAGAAAACUGGAUGACGUUCUUUGGACGAAAGAUUCAUAUUCCAACAAUAGGAAGGCAGAUGCUAGUAAUAAUAGUGAAUAAGGACAACAACAACAAGACAAGCUUACCAACAGAGAGAAAAAGAAGAAUUUUAACCAAACUUCUCUGAAUCUCCCAGUGGAUAAUAUGAUGUUGCUUUCUCUCGUUAUUGUUGCCGUGGAAAUAACCAGUUUUACCGUGGCCUGUUUUUCUCUUGUGGCUCUCUUGUGUUUCUUCUCCAGCAUAAAAGAAAAUCAUACAAAAAAAAAGAAACUCUGGACAAAGAAGGGGACAAAAUCAGUGUGUGGGCCCUCGACUUUUAAUCGUACCUGGGGUGGUUCUCCCCCACUCCCCCCUCCCCCACAAUUUCUCACCAGACAUAGAAGUGGGGGGAGCAGGGGGCGUUUGUCGUUUUGUAAAACGUUGAAAUCAGGUGUUUGCACAAUUUGUGCGGCCCUUCUCGUCUGGGACCGCCGUAAGUUAAAUCAGGAAAGUAUUGUUUUUAGAGAUUGUUUUAGUAGAAAAAAAAUAAUAACCUUGUUCCGUAUGUUAUCAACCACCUUUUUCCUCCCCUCGUCCCUCAGUCCGCUCCUCUGAUCCUCCCCCUCCUCACCCGUGUCCCUCAACCCCCUCAAGUGUUGGUAGAAAGUGCCCUUAAGCACUGGUCCCGGGUCAAGCGCUAUGUAGCUCAGGAUGGUUCUGGUUAGGGUUAGUUCAGGGAAAGCAGAUCCUAGACCAGCCCUGGAGGGCAGUCUCUGGAGCCCUCCCCUCUUCCCUCUCUUCUCGACACUUUAUCCUUUCCCAUCAAAUGGUGCAAUAGGACAUUUUAUUUUUUUCUUGGAAAUGGGUGGGUUACUCUGUUUUUUGGGGGGGGAGGCUCUGUGCCAUAGAUAUUAAAUCCAGUGCAGUCAGUCAGUGAGAGGAAUGAGCUGUUGUGAUACUAUCUUUAACUAUGGUAUAAAAGAAAACAAAAAAGAAUCACACGAUUAUUGUUAUUGUUGAAGAGAUAGAGAGUAUAACUUACUAAAAGUCAAAGACAAUUUUUGAAUAGCACUUUUUGGCUCUUUGCUUCCUCAGUGAAGAGUGGGGGUAGUUAUUAUUAUGGGUAUCUCUUUUAUUUCUCUGUAUACAGUUGGAUGUGUGAAAAAAAUAUAUAUACCGGUAUUUCUAUAUAUGUGCAUUUAGGUCUGUGUUUGGGUGUGUGUGUAUGUUUUGGCACAUGCAGGUAGCGUGUUAACACAACCAACCUUUUUUCGUUCACCACACAGCAACAUUAUCAAUAGUAUAUUUUUCAUUGUAUUCUACAUUCUAUAUUCUACUCUAGAGACAGUAUUUUUAUAGUCACCACGACUAUUUUGUCCGUCAUCUUGACUGUUAUCAAACCCAGUUGAUUCAGGAUAUAUAUGAAAUAUAUAUUCAGGAUAUAAAAUAUAUAAACAUAUAUAUAAACAAAAUACAGGUAAUAGAAGACUAUCAACUCACAUCUCUUUGGAGUUAGGGCUGUAAAGUGUCCAUCUGCAUGCAUGUGCAAUUACAUGCACGCGCGCACGCACCCACACAGACAUAUGUGCAUACACACACAUGUAUGCGUGUACAAUGUAUGAUUGUGCUUAAAAAUAAACUGUCCUUACUUUGGAGAAGGAAUUUUAGGAUGAGCGAGGUGAGUGUUAUCUCAUAAGCAGGCAUGUUGACCAUGUGCAAUAUUUCUAAACAACAAAAAAAAACUAAAUAUUGAAAAUAUUAAAGAUCUAACACAA